UUUUCCAUUCAAACAACAAAGAUCAACUGCCUGUAAAUAACUGAUUCCUUCUUCUCUGAUCCAAAUCAAGAAACUAACCCAAUACACAAAUGCCCCCAACUUCUUGUUCUUGAACCAAAUCUGUAUAUAAAAAAAAUAAAAAAAUAAAUAAAAAAUGAAUUUGAAUUCCAUUAAAGUGGAAGGUAAUGCAUGUGAUGAUAAUGGAGCAUCAUCAUCAUCAUCAGGGGGUGUACAUAAGGUAUGCUUGCCACCACACAGGACAACAUUUCAGAAACUAAGGCAAAGGUUGUCAGAAAUAUUUUUCCCUGAUGAUCCACUACACAGGUUCAAGAACCAAACGGGGUUGAGGAAAUUUGUAUUGGGUCUACAGUUUUUCUUUCCUGUAUUUGAAUGGGGUCCUAAGUAUAAUCUCAACCUUUUAAGGUCUGAUAUUAUUGCUGGCAUAACUAUUGCUAGCCUUUCUAUCCCUCAAGGAAUCAGUUACGCAAAACUUGCUAAUUUGCCCCCUAUUAUUGGGUUAUAUUCAAGCUUUGUACCCCCAUUAAUAUAUUCGAUUUUGGGAAGUUCAAGACACUUAGCUGUUGGUCCGGUAUCCAUAGCCUCACUUGUGAUGGGAACAAUGCUCAGCCAAGCAGUUCAAUACAGCAAAGAGCCAACUUUGUAUCUUCAACUUGCUUUCACAUCAACCCUUUUUGCAGGAUUGUUGCAAGCUGCAAUGGGUUUCUUCAGAUUAGGAUUCAUCAUUGACUUUCUCUCGAAGGCCACUCUACUAGGGUUCAUGGCUGGUGCAGCAGUCAUUGUCUCUUUGCAACAACUGAAAGGGUUGCUAGGGAUAGUCCACUUCACAAACAAGAUGCAAAUAGUUCCUGUUUUGACUUCGGUUUUCACGCACAAAGAUGAGUGGUCUUGGCAAACUGUUCUUAUGGGUGUUUGUUUCCUCGUCUUCCUGCUGACUACAAGGCAUAUCAGUGCAAGGAACCCGAAACUUUUCUGGAUUUCAGCAGCAGCUCCAUUAGUAUCAGUUAUUCUCUCAACUGUCAUAGCUUACGCAAUUAAAUCUCAGACUCAUGCGAUUCAAACUAUUGGACACCUGCCAAAGGGGAUAAAUCCACCAUCAGUGAACAUGUUACAUUUUGGUGGCCCUCACCUGGCUCUUGCUCUCAAAGUUGGCAUUAUAACUGGAGUCUUAGCGCUCACAGAAGGGAUUGCAGUGGGAAGGACAUUUGCUGCUAUGGAGAAUUACCAAGUUGAUGGUAACAAGGAAAUGAUAGCUCUUGGACUCAUGAACAUGGUUGGCUCUUGUGCUUCCUGCUUUGUCACCACGGGAUCAUUUUCUCGAUCUGCUGUAAGUUACAAUGCUGGAGGAAAAACUGUCGUCUCAAAUAUAGUAAUGGCAGCAACUGUGCUUAUCACCUUGCUGUUUCUCAUGCCAUUGUUCCAUUACACCCCUAACCUCAUCUUGGCAGCAAUUAUUAUAACAGCGGUGAUCGGCCUAAUCGAUUAUCAAGGUGCAUUCCGUUUAUGGAAAGUUGACAAACUAGAUUGUGUGGCGUGCUUGUCUUCCUUUUUUGGCGUUCUUUUCAUCUCAGUGCCUAUUGGACUAGCAAUUGCAGUUGGUGUUUCAGUUUUCAAGAUCCUAUUGCAUGUUACUAGGCCAAAUACUAAUGUCUUGGGAUACAUUUCUAGUACUCGAUCAUUUCAAAGCCUAAGCAGAUACAGCACAGCUGUUAGGAUUCCUUCUUUCCUUAUCAUAGCUGUUGAGGCUCCUUUCUACUUUGCAAAUUCUACCUACCUACAAGAAAGGACAUUGAGAUGGAUUCGAGAAGAGGAAGCGAGGAUCAAAGCCAACAACGAACCUCCAAUCAAAUGUGUAAUCAUUGACAUGACAGCUGUGACAGCUAUAGACACUAGUGGCAUUGAUACAAUAUGCGAACUAAGAAGAUUACUUGAGAAAAGAUCACUUAAGCUUGUGCUGGCAAAUCCAGUUGGAAACGUUAUGGAAAAGCUGUUUAACUCAAAUUCUCUUGAGGCCUUUGGAUUAGACGGAUUAUAUCUAACAGUUUCUGAAGCUGUGGACGAUAUUUCAUCUUCUUGGAAGCCUGAAAAGCCGGAAAAGCCUGAACCAUUAACUAUAUGAGUUUUGUACUAUCCUGUCAAAAAGAAAAAGGAGGUGGGAUUUUGGAUGGAGACAAGAAGGAUUAACAAUCUGAAGUUUUGGGGGUAACUUGAUUUUUGUUCUAAGCUCUACGUAGAAGAGAAUUUUGACGUAUAUUAUUUAUCUUUAUCUAGAAUGAAGAGAAAGCAUAUAUGCAUGUAUCUAAGUUGGUUUACCCAUGUUUGUACAUAAUUUAGGAAGGGGCUAUCUAUCUUCUUUUCUGUUUAGGAAUAACAAAGAGCUAUUAUUUUUUC